AUGUCUGCAACCUCAACACCAGAGCUGCCCGCCGAUCGGAUGACGAUCAGGCGGCUUCAGGAUGGCGAGGAGUGGGGGCCCGAGCUGGUGGAGGUGCCCAUGGGCGGGCUGAUGGUCCGCGGCCAUCACGCGCGCUUCGUCUACGGAGCCCCCGAGGACGGGCCGGCCCGCUUCAUGGGGCGCGACAAGCACGAGUUCGACCUCUCGCAGCCCGAGGAUUUUGAGAAGUUUCUCGCGAAGGCUAACGUCUUGGGAGAAUUCAUCUGGGCCGAGGGCGAUUGGUGGGAGCAUACACUGGAAGUGUUGAAAGGGCUGGCAUUGACACUACGCGGGUAUUAG